ACAGCAGCCAGCCAAACGGCAGCCUGAAUACGCACUCUCUCGCUCAGACACACACACACCGACACAAACACACAGCAAGAGCGAGGACGUGAGAAAGAGUGAGUUUGCAAGAGAGAAGCAAAGAAACCGUCGUCUAGGCUCUGUUCUCUCGUUCUCCCGGGUGUUUGGCAUCCCUGAUAUGACCCUGUUUAGCCCAAGAUACAUGAGCAUGAGUGGAGAGUUGAAGUCCAGCCGCUCCAGGGCAGCGAGUAAGAGGGCCAGCAACACCACUUACGGAUCUGAGUUGGACCUGGACUAUGACAGCUACCAUGAGGACUACUAUGACAGAAGUGCCAAACAUGGAGGAAGAGAACAACAAUCCACUGAGCCAACAUUCAUAUCAGAGGCUCAAAUUCCCAACAGGGUGUACAUAUCACAUAACAAUACAUUAAAUUCUGUCACAGCAGCUCAGUUUCUGUGACUGUACAUUCAAGCAAAACAUAAACACUGACACAGGUGACGUAUACACACAGAGUAUGUGCAAAUCCAACUGAGAAGAAUUUAUGUUAUGAGAGAGUAAGAGGGAGAGAGUAUUCAGAGAGUAAUUACAAAGGACACCUUGAAGCGCGGCUGUGAAUUAAACUUUUUAUAAUCCUGCCUAAGCAGUGAAUUUCCACGAAGACCAAUAUUCCAGUAUUAAUCCAAAUAUUGCUUUAUUAAUCCAAAUGAGACAAUAGAGCUCUCUGAUUAAAACAUUAUGUAAGCUGCUUACCAGUUUAUCAUUUUCAAAUUAAAAGCCUUCCACUGAAACAGGCAGUAUGUGUGUAGCUAGAGGUGCUAUGUUUCUGCUACUUCACCAGUUUCUCCCAACAGAAACAGCAAAGGGAUACAACAUUAAAAGGAAAUUCUGAAUAUCUGUUUAUAAGGGACCUUUAAUUAGAUAAAAAUACAAAUGAUAUAGAUCCAGGGAUAUUAAUGAAGCAUGGGUUAUAAACCACACAAGCAGCUCGCUCAAGUACUAUCUUUUUCAGAAUGUAACUGGAAUAUUGUGUGCAUGCACUGUUAAAUGAAAAUCCUGUCUGUGGAAGUAUUUUAAAGAAAUCUGUACGCUUUCAAAUUAGAUCCUUUAAGAAGACUUUGUUUAGGCUCAACUCACUUUUUUUUCUAUCUUUUUUUAUAUACUUAUAAGAUAACAGAAUUUAGCUAUUCAAAGUAAAUCACGGUAAUCCUUGACAGAUAGGCACACUGAUGGUUCAGGACAGAAACCGAUUGUUUUCUACUUGCAAGUAUCAGUAUGCUACGUCUCUGAGUGUAACUCUCUGAAAGAAAUGUUAUACAAAUGACCUUGUUAUGUCACACCACAAGUGUUUUCUCUACUUUAAAUGUAUUAGAGGAAUGUUACAGCUCUCUUCCGCCAUGUAUUUGGCACUUUAAGAUGUGCAAAGACCCAGGUCAGUGUGUAAUAUUGUGUAUUAUUGUAAACUUUACUGUAAUUGUCGAAUUGUCUGAUUUUAAUCUUGCUUUAGGACUUAUCAUGUGUUUUUUAAAGAAAACAAUGGUGUUAUUAUAAUUCCUAUGGUGUUACAUGUUUUUGUUUGCAUUCUUAAGAUAAGCCAAGUGGAAAUACUCAUUGUCACAGUAGUAAAAGUAUUUUCAUAUUGAGUAUAAAUACA